AUGGCCGUCAUCACCAGCAUACCGCUCAGUCCCAUGGACAACAUCAUGCCGCGCUUCUACGCCAACUUCAUGUUCACCUUCCGCCUCAACCCCGGCGUCUCUUUUGCCGCCGUGCACGCCCUGCUCCAAGAAUCCCUCCGUCGAACCUGCGACGAACUGCCCAUCCUCCACCGGCGCGUCUUUGCGCUGGCACCCACCGCAGACGACCCCCGCACCGGCCGGCUCGAAGCCCGCCAACAGCCCGACUGGAUCCCGCAGGUCGUGGCCAACGACUUGUCAUCCACCUGGCCUGAUUACGACGACCUUUUGGAUGCGGGACUCGUGCAGGAUCAGUUGGACGGGGCGGUUUUGUUCCCGCCGCAUGCUUUCUCCUGGGAUAUUUACAAUGAGGGUGCCCCGGGGCUGGUCGCGCAGGCAAAUUAUGUCGAGGGUGGUGUUCUGUUGGCAUUUGGCAUCUUCCACUCCAUCAUUGACGGCACCAGCGGCAGUCUGCUGAUGAAAGUCUGGGCGAAACACGCCCGCGCUAUCCAGGGGGACAAAAACCCUGGUUCUGCGCUGUCCAUCCCGCAAGAAUCCUGCGACUACCGUCUGCUGGAGAAACUUUGGCGCGCCGAACCCGGCAACAUUCUCCCCUCCGACCCGACCGAGAGGCAGGCCAUGAUCCGCAACGCCCCGGCCGAGCUCUGGCGGCUGCUGGGUUUGCUCCCGCCCGCCACACCGGAAGAGUUGGCCGCGACCAAGGAAUUUGCCCUGUCCGCACCCCCCUCCGCCCCGCCGCCGGAGAUGAAAACCACCAUUUUCUACGUCUCCGCAUCAAACUUUGCUGCGCUGCGUGCAGCAGCCACAGCCGAAUCCGCCAGCAACCCCACCACGACCCCGAUCACCGCCAACGACGCGCUAAUGGCCCUCCUGUGGCGAUGCAUCAUGCGCGCGCGAGAGCAGGCCGCAUCCCCUCACGAACGGGCAACCGACUACGCCCCCUCCGCCACCUCGCUGCUAGACACUACGCUUGACGGCCGCGCGCUGUUUUCCGCAGACCUACCCUGGAGUUACAUGGGCACCAUGGUCUUCAUCGCGACCACCUCCCUGCCCGUACACACCCUGGUAUCCCCAAGCACCACCCUCGCACAGGUCGCCACCGCCAUCCGCAAAUCCGUUGACGCCAUCACCCGUGAAACGCUACAAAAGGCCUUUGGCCUGGCCCUGGCGCUGGAGGAUUAUGGGGAGACGCUGAGGUUUCCGUUUGCGACGUUUGAGGGCGCCGAGGCGUGCUUCACGAGCUGGGUUGGGUUGAGUGCGUUUGAUGUCAGUUUUGGAGAGGUCUUGUUUGCGAAUGGCGGACGGCCGGAUCAUUUGAGGCCGCCAAGGAGGGAGUUUGAUGCGGUUUGUAGACGGUGUGUGGUCCUGCCGAUGCAGGUGAGUGGGGGGUUUGAGGUGCUGGUGAGUUUGAAGAGGGAGGAGAUGGAGGUGCUGGAGGGGGAUGGGGAGUUUGCGAGGUUUGCGAAGUUUGUUUGUCAUUAG